AUGACUUUCGAGAGGGUGGCGCAGCAAAUGCCAGACCCUGGACCGUUGAUUCCGAUUGCUUAUGAGGAUUUUUCUGGUCCAGAAACAUCUCCUAUCACUUUGGUGAUUGAACCUCAUCCGAAACAAGACCCUAGGCUAGAUGUUCCCCUCGUAUCUAGCGCUUCGUCGACCAGGACAGACGAGAAUACAUUUCAGAACGAUAUCCUUGAGCUGAACACGGACUGUAGCAAAGAGGACCCAAUUGAUGAGCCAAAUGGCGGGUUAUUUGACCACGCUUUUAACGCGACAGUCGAAGCUUGCCAUUCCAGGUCAAUGCUACUGGUCGGUCAUGAGUGUUUCAACCCUCACGAGUACCUUUCUCGGGUCCCAGUCCCUCGGCUAGAGCUUUCCAUACCACCCCAGGAAUACGCCGGUAUUUCUGAAUCGAAAGAUUUAUUUCGCAGGAUGAACGCCAAGAAUAAGCUUGCAUUUUCCAUCCCCAGCGAGCAAUGCAGUUCUGAGCUAUCAAACAUAUUGAAAUGGGAUCCGUUUAACCAUGCAAGAACAGGCCACUUCUCUGGAAUAGAGGAGCUCAAGCCGCUCUCUGAUAGAAGUGAAGAACUCCUGGCCAUACCAUCCUCGCCUCGAAAGGGAAACUUUGAUCACACAGCCAAGGAGAGAAAAUUAGCCAUACUUACUUUUGAUGAGAAGGAUUUGGGGGACACAAGCGAAAGCGAGACAUUUGAUUCUUCGAGCGAUCAUGCCACUUCCUCCUAUCAGACAUUGGGUCAAAGAUCCCUAGAAACAGAAUUCAAUUUCCUCGAACCUGUCAGGUUCUCAACUCUAGGGCAUCUACCAACAUCGAACAUGAACAAGAAACUGGAUCUCAUCCUUCCUUUAGCUAGCGACGGAGCAGCCACAAGCAAGCUACUUGCAAGCUUUAUGGAACUGAGUGGUGCGAAGAGUUCAUCAAAAGUGCCCGGUUCUGAUGACGAGCCCAACGAACAUCCCAACACGAGUUCAAAAGAUAGCUAUGGGCGCCAAGCAGCACUGUCUGUUGUCAGCUCGGAAUCAACAUCGCCUUCAAUCGGUAUCUCCAAACUAGUUCCAGCCGAAGCACCAGAGUUUACUGAACCUGACCGACACGGUGUAUUCCUGGUUUCACUUGAUAUUGAUCAUCGUAUUCUUCGUCAGUUGGAGAAAUAUUGGCCUCCUGGGUGUCUGAUCGAUCGAGAUUUUUCAAAUUGCAAAAGCUGGUACUCGUCGGAUGCCAAUGAAAUGGGCCGAGAACGCUCCAACUCCCCUGACCUAUCUGAUUGUGAUAUAAUUCUCACAUCCAGUGUGGGCAUAAUUAUCACGAGCCUUGUCAAGGCUAAACAAACACAACUCCCCGGAUCAACAAAACGACCGGAGUUGCAGGCACGAAUCAUAUCCGCAAGUGAGAGAUACGAAACACUAUUCGUUCUAGUCUCGGAAGAAAGUCCGUCUAGGGAAGUCAUCGGCAACCCAAACCCCUCUGAUGUGGCUGCAUAUGCGGAAUUUGUAAACUUUACUCUCAGUCUUGGCGCAAAUGUGAUAUCUCAUUACGUUCCCGGCGCAACCGAUACACUCGCCAAGUGGAUUGCAUCAUUCAUGUCCCACUACACGCCAUAUGUUCUUGAAAUUAAGCGUUUCCUAACAUGUGAAGAGACCACCUGGGGGGUGUUUCUCCAACAAGCGGGGAUGAAUGCCAUGGCCUCUCAGGUGCUCGCGGGCGUGUUGUUCGAGGAGUCCGAAAAGAGGGGCCUGGCCACGUUCCUCGUGAUGCCGGUCCAAGAACGCAUUUCAAAGUACGCUAAGAUCUUAGGAGGGCAGAAACAACUCGAAGGGGUGAGUCAAAUCUUGGAUGAAGCCUGGGAGUGA